UCGAAGUUUACAUAACCUCACAUUCUUGGUGAAAGUGUGUCAAGUUUUUUGUGUAAACAUUGGCGUGAAAAAUGAAAAUUUCCGGCUAAAAAUACUCCCAGGAAUCAUGACAGACACAGCCGAGGUGACAACGGAGGGGAGCAAUGACCGAUCAUUCAAAAUAAAAGCUGGUGUGUUUCUUACAACGGUGGCGGGUGUCUCAGUUCUUGCCGGAUUCAGUCGGACAAUAAUGACUGCCAAGAGGAAAGAUCCAGCUGUCUUUGAGACAGCUAAAGCGGGUAAUGUUGCCCUGUUGGAGGGUGGAAGCAAGCUAGCAUUCCGAGCUCUGGGCUGGGGUACUCUGUACUCAGUUGUGGGUGUUGGAGCCUUCUGCUACGGCUGCUGGAAACUAUCCGGAGCAUCAAAUAUGGAUGAAUUCAAAAUGAAAGUCAAAGGGACUUUCCCGCAAGUGCCAAGAAAUGAUCCACCAAAGAGCCGAACGGACUUUGACGGCCUCACCGAUCUCCUCAAAUACCUAUCGACGUGGGGUAGGGAGUGAAAAAUCAAAUGAUUCGGUAUCAUCAUCCAAUUAUUAUUAGGUACUUAGAUUAAUAGACAAUUUGCAAUAAAAAUAGACACAAUCUCA